AUGACUAUAGGAAUAAUCGACUCAUCUUUUUCGCUGCCACCAGCUCAAGAUGAACAAGUCGCGUUCCUACUGACGAACGGUGGACGGCUAUCGGACUAUAGGUGGAUUGGCUUAUAUGAUCAGUGUAAAAAUAUUUCAAUUCCCUUAGUCUCACUAACAGGAGUGGAUCCGCCAAGAGAAGAGGAAACUGGUUCUCUCGUAGCGGAAGAUCGUAAUAUUUCUAGUGGGACAAUUCGAAUAUUGAAUUGUAAUACAAUUCUUGUUACUCAGCUUAACUUCGAGGCGAGUCAAGCAUCACCUAGUGAGUUUUCGACUUUUUUUACGAGGCUUGAAGCUUACAAACCUCUGCUAGAAGCCUAG